UGUUGAUUUUUUCGUUUUUUUUGGAACGUAUUGUCGCUAAUCGACUAAUGCUUAUAGAAUCUGCUGUGAUUGUUGCAUGGGGCAUUGAUUGAAUUACUUCUGACAAAAACGGCAGCGCAGUGAUGGCUUCCGACCAGGAUUUGUAUCCAUUAAACCAAAACCUGUUGCGUUUGCUAACAGAGAAGAUCUACGAAAAACGUAAGACAGCUGCUUCGGAAGUCGAAAGGAUGAUGAAAGAAUUCGUGACAACCAAUAACACAGCCAUGAUCCAAAAACUUAUCAAAGUUUUGGCUCAGGAUUUGACUUUAUCCGAUAAUGGGCAUUAUCGAAAAGGCGGCCUGAUCGGGUUGGCUGCAGCGUCGAUUGCUUUGGGAAAGCACAUCCGAAUUUAUCUUCCCCAAAUAAUCAAACCGGUCAUCGCGUGUUUUAACGAUGCGGACAGUCGAAUUCGCUAUUUCGCUUGCGAAGCCUUGUACAAUGUGGUUAAAGUAGCGAGGGAAACGUCGAUGCCGUAUUUUCCAGAAAUAUUUGAUGUGUUGAGCAAGCUAUGCGCGGAUUCCGAUACCAAUACCAAAAACGGUGCCGAGCUUCUUGAUCGUCUGGUAAAAGAUGUCGUAAUAGAAAGCCGCACCCUUGAUUUGGAGAUAUUUGUUCCGCUGCUCCGUGAACGCAUUUAUGCAAAAAACCCCUUCGUCAAACAGUUUUUGGUUUCUUGGAUUAGUGUCCUAGAUUCUGCACCGGAAGUUAACAUCCUCGAUUAUUUACCGGAGAUUUUAGACGGUUUGUUUACAAUUCUCAGCGAUCCCAGAUUGGAAAUCCGGAAAGCAUGUGAGUCGUUGUUGGGAGAAUUUCUCCAUGGCAUCGUUACAAGUCCCCAGAACGUGGAUUAUGCAGCAAUGAUUAACAUUCUGAUUGCUCAUGCACAGUCACAAGACGAGUUGGUACAGUUUACUGCCAUUUUGUGGAUAAAGCAGUUCAUCAAACUUUCAGGAGAGCGGAUGCUGCCGUUUGCAUCGGGAAUUCUUAUUGCUGUUUUGCCGUGUCUCUCUUUUGAGAGUGACAGCCGGAAAAAUGUAAGGGAGAACGCUAAACAAGUUAAUCAGGAGUUGGUUCGCCUGAUUCCGAGAGAGAUGGAGGAUACUCCAGAGAAAUGCGAUGACAUCUUAACGUUGGAUUUACAUGGCAUUGUGGAUGUUUUGAUUGUGAACUUGAAGCAUGAUGCCGUGCCUACCAGACUGGCUUGUUUGCGAUGGGUGUACAGCCUUUUUGAUUUGGUACCCAGACGGACGUUCAAAUCAAUCGACAAGUUAUUUCCUGCAUUGUUAGUCGCUAUCCAGGAUACAUCCGACGAAGUUAUAUUAGCGACCUUGGAAGUGUUUGCAGAACUGAGUUCGGUCUGUGAUCAGCUGCAGGUGAUGUAUAAGUCGUCGGAAAACCAGCCCGAGAUCUCAUACUUUCGGCGAUUCAUUGGCGAAUUGCUACGGAUAUUUAAAGGUGACCGCUCGAUGCUGGAAGAGCGGGGACACUUCAUGAUUCGCCAGCUAUGCUUAUUGUUAAGUGCCCAAGAUAUCUACGAGGUCAUUGCGGAAAUUCUUCUUGAAGAAGCUGACCCGAAAUUUGCGUCUAUUAUGGUUCAAGCGCUGAGUAGCAUUUUGCUAACGGCCUCGGAAUUAUUUGAAUUACGCAAUCUUCUGAAGGACUUUUCUACCGCAGCAACUCACAAAUUGUUUGAGAAGUUGUACCGGUGUUGGGCAAAUAAUUCUGUGGCCGCUGUGGCGUUGUGUCUGCUCACUCAACGAUAUCAGCAUGCCUGUGCGAUCUUGGAGGUCUUUGCUGAUAUCGAUGUCACCGUGGAACAUCUCAGCGAAAUUGAUAAAUUGAUACAACUUAUUGAGUCACCUGUAUUCACCUAUCUUCGUAUGCAGCUGCUCGAUCCUGCGGUAAAUGGUUAUUUAGUGAAAGCUUUGUACGGUUUAUUAAUGCUGUUACCGCAGAGCGAAGCGUUCGGUAUUUUACAACGGCGACUGGACUGCAUUCCGUGGCAGAAACAUUCAGAAGAAACAGCAAAUGUCGGCAUUCCCAAGAACAGUUCCCGUGUUUCGUCAGGCUCCAAAAUUGACAUUGAUUUUGAAGAAUUACUCAACUAUUUUCGAAAACGACAGUACCUUCUACAAACGGAGUUACGUAAAGCCAGGCGCGCAAGCAAUCUACUGUCCUCCUUAUAAUCUUCGUUUGUUCGAUUGCGUGGCUAUUCCUUUUUGAGUCUUCGUCCGAGUGUUGCUAAACUGUGAUCAUUAGAGAACUUUUAUAAUUUUAAAUGUAUUAAUUGUGUCAGAACAUAACGAGACAACCGGUUGUCGUUGUAACUGAACCACAAAUCAAUAAAAACAAUAAAACUGAAAUUGUUAGGUUCUCUGGCUCCAGAUCAAACAUACAAAAUUAGUAAAAAGCAUACAGAAUUUCAGUGAUUUACUACUCCUUUUUGGCCGAUGCUUCUUGCUGUACGAAUUUCGGAUAUUUUUUCAGCGCAUCUGCCCACUUCGCUCGCCCCGCCACAAAAUCAGCGAUUAAAGGAACAACUUCA